CUUUACAUACACCAAAGACGGGGAAAAAAGGUCCUCUCCUCUAAAAUCUCCUUGAUUCUAGUAUUGAUCUAUGCUUGCUCUUAGUUUUAGUCCAAUGUUCCCAUCUCUAGUGACCCCUAACCUUUCCCUUCUCCCCGUCUCCCUCCUCCUCUCUCUCUAAUACUUGUAAAGUUUUCAUUUUGGGUUAAAUCCUGGGAGUAUUGGGCUGAGGGUGAUAUGGGGGUCCACCUGCAUCUGCCGCACCUGGGGCACGAUAAGAAGAAAGAGGGAGGGUCCGUGGGAGUGCCGCCCAAGGGGUGCAUGACGAUAAAGGUGGGGCAGGACGGGGAGGAGCAGCAGCGGUUCGUGGUGCCGGUGAUGUACCUCAACCACCCGCUCUUCAUGGGCUUGCUCAAGGAGGCGGAGGAGGAGUACGGCUUCGAGCAGCAGGGAGCCAUCACCAUCCCAUGCCAUGUCGAGCACUUCCGCCAUGUCCAGGGCAUCAUUGACCGCGACAACGCUGCCGGCUGCGACGGCCACCACCACCACAAUGGCCAUCACUUCCACCUCGCCGGGUGCUUCAAGGCCUGAGAUGGAUCGGAAAGAAGAGGGGAAGGAUUUGUGUUAAAGGAUUAAACAGUGUUGCAAUUGCUUUUUUCUUCUCUUGCUUUUCCUUUUCAGACUUUUCUUUCUUUUCAGAAAAAUGGAAGUGUAAUUAUAAGGUUUAACUGAUGGCAAAAACAAGGGACUGAUUUCGAAUUUUAUUCUCUUUCUUUUCC